UGCAAAAAAAACUUCAACCAAACUCUUUUUAUUGAUUUUUUUUCUCUCUCUCUCUGGGUCUUUAUUAUAAUAAAUUCCUAGACUUGGUAAACUUUUCUGACAUUUUCAUCCUACCCGAUUAGGGAAAACAGAUUUAUUUUUACUCUCUAAACCUAAAAACUACAUUUUGAGCACAUUUUGAGCCCAUAAAUUUAAGGUUUCUUUUUUUUUCUAUUUGGAAGAAUAUUUGUCCUGAUGGCAGUGGACACUGACUUUGGCAUGAAGAGCAGCAGCAUUAUGCGAGAAUGGAGCGGACAGGUCCAGCCUGCUCUGGUUGCAUCUUUUAUCUUCUUCUUCUGCUUGGAAGCCUGCCUGUGGUUCAGGAACCUGAGGCUCAAGAGAAGGCUGCCGGGACCCUUCGCCUGGCCUGUAGUGGGCAACGCCAUGCAGCUGGGUCAGAUGCCUCACAUCACCUUCGCCAGACUAGCCAAGAAAUAUGGUAACGUGUACCAGAUACGGCUAGGUUGCAGUGACAUUGUGGUGCUGAACGGAGACAGGGCGAUACGUCAGGCUCUCAUACAGCACAGCAAGGAGUUUGCAGGCAGGCCAAACUUUCUUUCCUUCCAGAUGAUCUCUGGAGGCAGGAGCCUAACAUUUACUAAUUACAGCAAACAGUGGAGGGCACACAGGAAAAUUGCACAGUCCAGCCUGAGAGCCUUUUCCUCCGCAAACAGUCAAACCAGGAAAGCCUUUGAGCAGCACGUUAUGGCAGAGGCUUUGGAACUGGUGCGGGCCUUCUUGCAUCACAGCGCGGAUGGACGGUAUUUUGACCCUUCUCAUGAGUUCACAGUAGCCGCCGCUAACGUCCUGUGCGCGCUUUGCUUCGGGAGGCGAUACGGCCACGACGACCUGGAGUUCAGGACAAUGUUGACAAGGUUGGCCAAAUUUGGUGAGACCGUCGGCGCAGGCAGCUUGGUAGAUGUCAUGCCCUGGCUGCAGUCCUUCCCCAACCCGGUCCGCAGCAUCUACGAAAACUUUAAAAGUCUCAACGAGGAGUUUUUUGCAUAUGUGACAGAUAAAGUGAUAGAGCACAGAGAGUCCUUCAGUCCAGAUGUGACCCGAGACAUGAGUGACGCCAUCAUCAACGUGAUCGAGCACGGAAAAGAGAGCGGCCUGACAAAAGACUUUGUAGAAGCGACAGUGACAGAUCUAAUCGGGGCAGGCCAAGACACAAUAUCCACCAUCAUGCAGUGGAUCAUCCUGGUCCUGGUCAAAUAUCCAGAGGAGCAAGCUAAGCUACAUGACCUCAUAGACAAAGUGGUGGGUCCAGACAGACUUCCCUCAACAGAAGAUCGCAUCCGCUUGGCAUACCUGGAUGCCUUCAUCUACGAGACCAUGCGUUUUACCAGCUUCGUCCCGCUCACCAUCCCCCAUUCCACUACCUGCGAUGUCACCAUCGAGGGUCUCAACAUCCCCAAAGACACAGUGGUCUUCAUCAACCAGUGGUCCGUCAACCAUGACCCUCUGAAAUGGAAGGAUCCGCAUAUAUUUGAGCCCUCGCGCUUCCUGAGUGAAAACGGGGCCCUCGAUAAAGACAUCACCAACAGUGUUAUGAUUUUCUCAACAGGUAAGCGGCGCUGUAUUGGUGACCAGAUCGCCAAGGUGGAAGUGUUUUUAUUCACGGCGGUCUUGCUGCACCAGUGUAGCUUAGCGAGCGACCCCUCCCAACCCGUCACUCAGGACUGUUCCUACGGGCUCUCACUGAAGCCCCUCAGGUACUGUGUCAGCGCCAAGCUCAGAGGAAAGUUACUUGACUUGUUUUCCCCAGUGUGAGUGGUAUGCACUAAAACUGGGAAUUAAAACCAGCAGAGACUUCCCCACACUACCCCACCAGUGACAUUUAACAGUGAAUAUCAGCAAACCUGCACUGAGUUCUGUUGAAAAUGUUACUAUUUAAUAUAUUUAAACAUGCAUUGCUGUUGAGAGUACAGUGUGGAAGCUGUAAUGUUAAUGAGUAGGAAUUCAGGUUAAUAGUUUUAAUGCAAGAAGUUUUCCAUUUUGUACAUGUUUAUUAAGAGGUAAAUGCUAGUUUUGUAUGAGCAUGUAUGUGUAAGAUGUGCACAGGAGCCUAGCCACAUCCCACAAAUGUCCAUUUAAACUAACAUUAUAACGUAAGCGAAUGUUAGUCACUUGUUCUCAAUCUUUGACUAUAUUUAACCUUUGUCACGUCAUGCUUUUUCACUGAUUUUUUACAAGUUUUGAGCAUGACAAUACAGUAACAAGUAUAAAUAAAGUGUAAAGUAUAAAUGUUAUCUAUCACACUAUCUACUGUAAUCAAAAGUAUGUGAACGCAUGAAAUGAAAUGUGAUGAUGGAAGGGAAAAGAAAACUUGGAAAGUGAAGAGGAAGUCUUUCAUCAAGGAGCAUCCAUCAGAAAAAAUAUGCAGACACUUUUUUUUUGUGCGCCAAGUGUUUCCCCGAGCGCCGCACGCCAAACCUCAUUCCCAGCAGUACACACAUUGCAGAUGUUUUUUUUCUUCCAAGAGGCAUUAUCAUCACCAUGUUUGUUUACAAGGUUUUCAAAGCUACACGGAUGUUCCUGCGCCCUCUUUAUUCCUGCACGCUCAGUGCAUGUUUUUUUUGUUUUGCAACCAACUCCUCAGCUGGGCUUCGUGUGUUGGCCUUAUAUGAUGAAAUAAGCUAUAUCUGAAAAAAGUAUUAACAAUAAAAACU